AUGCACCCAAAAAAAGCUUAUCUAUAUUUGCCUGAUGAGUGUUGGGAAUGUGUUUUCAAAUUCCUCAACAACCAUCAAGACGACAAACACAACCACUACCUCAAGUCUCUCUCCCUAGUUUCCAAACAGUUCCUCUCCAUCACCAGCCGUCUCCGAUUCUCCGUCUCUAUCGGCUCGAAAUCACCCCCUUUCAUCUCUCAUCUAUUUCAAAGAUUUCCCAAUAUCACAUCCCUCAACCUCAAGCGUGGCUUCUACCGUGAUUCCAAUGCCUUCCGCGGCGAUCCCAACGCAUUUCUUCAUCAAAUCUCUUGUUUCUCUUUGAAACUCAGAUCCCUCGAUCUCUCAUACCAAAACAUCAUUCCGGCAUAUGGGCUGCGAUCUUUCUCCCAAAAUAUUACAACUUUGACAUCUCUCCAUUGUUCCUACAUGAAUUCUCUCAGUAGCUCUGACAUGUUAUUAAUAGCUGAUUCUUUUCCUUUGCUCGAAGAACUCAAUCUCGGUUCAAUUACAAUAUUUCCCUCUCAAGAUAACUUCAUUGAUGGGAUAAAGACUCUUUCAUUGGCACUUUCCAAACUUCGCAAGAUUAAUCUCUCUUCUCAUAGUUACAUGACCGACGACUGUCUUUUCCACUUAUUCUACAACUGUAAGUUUCUUGAAGAGAUGAUCAUAUGUGAUUGUUUUAAUAUUACCAAUGCCGGUAUUGUUCAUGCCCUCCGUGAAAGACCAAAAUUCAAAUCUUUACACUUUACCAAUAAAACAGACAAUUGUUCAAAUUUGUUUUCCAUCCUUAGUAACGGUCCUUCACUUAGCAACAUCAAAAUGAAAUAUUCAUAUCAAUAUAUGUGGGAAGAGAGCGUGGAUAAUUCUAAUUCUUUGAAGGUUGUAAGCCCUCAAUUAGAGACUCUAUGUUUGGUUGGCAAUAUAUGGUUAAGUGAUGAAAGCAUCGUAGUCUUUGCAUCUAUUUUUCCUAAUUUGCAACUACUUGAUUUAAGUUAUUGUAAUAAGAUAUCUCAAGGUAUUUGUGAAGUUUUAAGGAGAUGUGGUAAAAUUAAGCAUUUGAACUUAGCCCACUGUUCAAAAGUGAAACUACUUGGAAUGAACUUUGAAGCUCCUAAAUUGGAGGUGUUAAACUUGUCACAUACGAGAGUUGAUAAUGCAGAACUCCAUGUGAUCUCAAAGAGUUGUCGUGGGCUUUUGCAAUUGUCACUUCAAAAUUGUUAUCGUGUCUCAAAUACGGGAGUGAAGCAUGUGCUAGAAAACUGCAUCCAACUCAGGGAGAUUAAUUUGAGAGAUUGUCCAAAAGUGCAUUCUUUGCUUGCUGACUCAAUGAUACUAUCAAGGCCAACAUUGAAAAAGAUAAUUGUUCCAACUCGUGUUAAUAUGUCAAGUUUGAUUUUCAAAAUGUAUACAAAUAGUAAGUUGUCAUGA